GGGCGGGGUCUAAUCUUCGGUUGACGUUGUUGUUGUAAGUGGUGGAAUUACUUUGUCGGUGCUUGUCCGGUUUACGGGUUUUAACGCGUUAGUUUCCACCUAAUGAAGAUGAUAAAAAGUUAGGAAUUGUUCCUCUCGGAAACGCUUAUGGUGUCGACAAGUUGGUACAUGCUGGAAAACUAACCGGGACGAUGAUAAAACCCUCUGCGAGGCCGUUGAAGGUGUGGCAGGUGGAGUAGCACAAGGCAGAGGACUGCCCCCACCCCACCCCUCUCCUUGCUGCCCCGUCAGGGAGUACGUGUUUUUUUUUUUUUUGGUAUUGUUUAUUAUUUUUUCUGUCCGGAUACAACCCGCAACCUGGUGAAUUCAUGAUCACAUGACCGUGGAUAUGGACGCAGUCCUGUCCGACUUUGUCCGUUCCACUGGAGCUGAACCAGGAUUGGCCAGAGAUCUGCUAGAGGGCAAGAACUGGGAUUUCACUGCUGCCCUCAGUGACUUUGAGCAGCUGCGACAGGUGCAUGCUGGGAACCUGACGUAUUCAUUCGCAGAGGACAGGACGUAUCUGCCACCCGAAAAGGAGAUGGCCAGGGUAGGGCGACCCGUACUCCACCGCCAAGAUGAGGUGGUGCAAGCCGCUACAGAGAAGCGUCUGUCGAGGGGCAUUUCCCACGCCAGUUCAACCAUCGUGUCGCUGGCCCGCUCACACGUCUCAAGCACUGGAGGUAGCAGUACCGAGCCACUUCUGGACACGCCCCUGUGCACUUUCCAACUACCAGACCUCACCGUGUACCGGGACGACUUCCGUGGCUUCAUCGAGAGGGACCUUAUUGAGCAGUCGAUGAUGGUGGCCUUGGAGCAUGCUGGGCGACUGAACUGGUGGACGAAAGUGGUUUCAAACUGUCAGAAUCUGCUGCCUCUGGCAACAAGCGGAGACGGAAAUUGCCUGUUACACGCCGCCUCGCUCGGUAUGUGGGGUUUUCAUGACCGGGACCUGAUGCUACGGAAGUCUCUGUAUGCGCUGAUGGAUCACGGGCUGGAGAGAGAGGCACUGAAGCGCAGGUGGAGGUGGCAGCAGACCCAGCAGAACAAAGAGUCCGGUCUGGUGUACACAGAGGAGGAGUGGCAGAAAGAGUGGAAUGAACUGUUGAAGCUCGCCUCCAGUGAGCCGAGAAUACACUACAGCACCAACGGCACCAACGGGACGGAGUCCUCAGAUGAACCGGUGUACGAAAGUUUAGAGGAGUUUCACGUUUUUGUCUUGGCCCACGUCCUCAGGAGACCCAUAGUGGUGGUGGCCGACACCAUGCUGAGGGACUCUGGAGGGGAGGCCUUUGCUCCCAUCCCGUUCGGAGGCAUCUACCUACCGCUGGAAGUGCCAGCUGCCAAGUGCCAUCGCUCGCCCCUGGUCCUGGCAUACGACCAGGCGCACUUUUCUGCCCUGGUCUCCAUGGAGCAGAGAGACAGCUCCAAAGAGCAAGCAGUUGUGAUCCCUCUCACUGACUCAGAGCACAAAAUGCUGCCUCUGCACUUCGCGGUGGACCCUGGGAAAGAUUGGGAGUGGGGCAAGGAUGACACAGACAACGUGAUGCUGGCAAGUGUGGCUCUUUCUUUGGAGGCCAAGCUCCAGAUGUUACACAGCUACAUGACAGUCACCUGGCUGCCCCUGCCCUGUGAGCAAGCCCCUCUGGCCCAGCCCGAGUCUCCUACAGCAUCGGCAGGAGAGGACGCCCGAACGCCUCCUGACUCAGGAGAGUCAGAUAAGGAGUCAGUCAGCAGCAGCUCCAAUGGCAACGGAGACACAACGACAGGAUCAACGGUCAAUGGAGGCGGGACCUUGGCCAAGAACAGCUCCUCUUCCUCAUCUAGUUCCUCCAGCAGUGGAUCGGCAGCGGCGGGGACGGGAACAGCGGGGAAGGACAAAACCAAGAAGGAGAAGGACAAGGAUAAAGACAAGAAGAGGGCAGACUCUGUGGCCAAUAAGCUUGGCAGUUUUGGCAAAAGCCUGGGCAGCAAGCUGAAGAAGAACGUGGGCGGACUGAUGACGGGGAAGAACGCUGCAGCAGGAGGUGCCAUUAAGGAGGGCGUGGAGAAGAAGAAGGGCUCGUUUAGGGGGAGGAAGGGCAGCAAGGAAAGCUCGCCUUCAGCCCACGCCUCAGAGGAUUCUGGGAAAGGCUCCCCCUCCUCAGGUAGCGAGCGUCUCAACGGAACAGGAAGCAGUAUGAGCAGCAGCGGCGGGAGCAGUACGGAGAGCGAUAACUACAAGUACAGCGCUGAUGUCAAGGUCAGCAUGGGCAUCCUGCGAGCGGCCAUGCAAGGUGAGAGGAAAUUAAUCUUCGCCAGCCUUCUCACUACCAGCAACCGGCAGCCCUUCCAGGAGGAGAUGAUCCAGCGGUACCUUGCCGACGCAGAGGAGCGCUUUCGGGCCGAGCAAGAACAACAGCGGCGUGAUGCGGAAAGGAAAGGCGUCACCAAUGGCAUCCAGCCACCUAAGAAGGAGACGGUCGUUGGUACAGAUUUGACCUACCGGCCUUAUGAGGCCAAAGAGGAGCUGUCGGAGAACUCGUCACCUUCCUUCAACCAACUCAAGCCCUCUCCGUUGAGCCCCUCUAUGUACUCUGGCGUCGUGCCCAUCCCCCGGCCCUCCUUCAUAGACCAGACUCCUGCUGCAGCACCCCUCACCCAGCACCUUCAUAUGCACGGCUACAUGGAUACUCGGCGCCAGCUCGCCGGCGGCUCCCCGGCUACCUCCUACCCCGGCCUCCCCUCUUACGCCACUCUUCCCCGGCACUGCCCGGCAGCGCAGGGUCCCUCCCAUCCCCAGUACAAUAACUCACAAGGCCCCGCCUCCCUGAGUCCCUCUCGCCUCGCGCCCUCGUAUCCCCCCGAGUUCGACCCACCGGACUACCCCGGGGCCGAACCCGCCGGUGGGAAUUACACCAACGGCUUCCGGGACAUGCGUUCCAACUUAGACUCUCGGAGUGGGCAACCCCCAGUCAGACACUACUCACUGGGCAGCGCCGGCGGUUUGGCCGGCCUGCAGUCCAGCCGCUGUCGGACACCCAGCUGCACCUACUACGGACACCCCGAGACGGGCAACUACUGCUCCUACUGCUACCGGGAAGAGCUGAAGAAGAGGGAGCCCGAACCAGCCAUCCACAGGUUCUGAACGGACCUUGCUAUGGCUUGAAUUUGAUGAGUGGCCUUUUUCAGUUAGAAAAAAAAUGAAAUACCGGCUGGGGCGGCUCAGCCUCUGAAGGGACGAGAGAAAGGCUCAACCAGCUCCCUCCCUUAUUUAGCUGUGUCACUUCCUGUUGGAAUAGACGACCUCAGCGAGUGGCAGAGAGUCGACAACACGCCUACAGAAUAAACAGGGUGGUUUCUGGCUGCUGGGGUCACAUGUUAGACCAUAGAAUUAACUAACUGCACUUCUGUUACAUUUUGCUGUGGCUCUUAUGCAGGCGUUGUGUAUGAGUGUGUGUGUGUGUGUGUUUGUGUGUGUGAGCUGCAGGCUCUCCUCCUUUUAUCAGUUUAACGCCUUGCUACUGUCUCCUCCUAGUGGAGAGAAUGUAUAUGGCAGGCACCGUACAUAACACUCAUCAACACACAUAUACAGUACAUGCACACAUCUACACUAAGUCAGACUCUACACUACUAUACUGCAUACACAGAGAUGCAAGCACAAACAAGAGAAGGCACGAGUGUCUCCGCUCCAUUUGUGGUCUGUGAUAAUGUUCGGAUUGGUUAAUUAAGGGAUGUCUGAGCAUUUUGAAGUCACAUCCGGUUCGGGGUGAUUUCGGUGUUAUACAGAUUUUACACUACUGUUACUAGAUGCUUGCGUCAUAUGUACCUCGGGAAACAGCGGAACUAAUCCUCGUCGAAUUGCUUUUUUCGUCGGUCACCAUUUGCAUAAUGCAAAUUGAAACUACCGUGCAAUGCUAAUGAAUAAACGUUCUGUGGGCUGCUGUGGUGCUAAUGUUCCUGAAUGCAAACACAUAAAUGUCCACGCAUUAAGGACAACUGCUCUGCACUGUUUAUCCUUUCGGCAAAACACUACUCGUAUAUUUAUAAAUUGGAUUAUAAAGAUGUCAACCCUUUGAAGAUGAAAUACAAGCAGGCAUUGUUGAACAAAGACGACAUACAUUACAUAGCACUACGGUAAGACACUGUUCCCAGAGCCUGGUCUUGAGUAUUUCACACAUUUGUUGCAAUGUUUCUUAGUUGGGUCUUCCUCGUUCUGUAAUAAUGGUUGGCAUUGAGGCAUUUGAUUAUUGUGGCCGACAGCGGCAUGCAAUACUACACACUACAAAGUCAAAAUGUCACAUCCAGCACAACGGUUUUUGGAGACACCUGUCGCAUGCGUAACAUGCUGCAAAGUUGAAUUAUUGAAAUGAAACAUACUUUUGGAUUUCAGACAAAAAGAAAAUUAACCGGUUUGUAAUUAAAGGGGACCUAUUAUGCA